UCCUGAACUGUUCAGCUGUGUAUCAGUUCAGGAGGUCGAAGUCGCAGGCCUCUCCCGCUAUAUGAUCUGGUGAUUUGGUGAACGAAUCUUUUGAACGAAUCUUUUUAGUGAAUCGAUUCUAGUGAUUCAGUUCAUGAAAAGAAUCGCAGUGCCCAUCACGAACGGUAACAGGAAAAGAGAAAACGUAAACUUCUCGAUUUAAAGUCCACUGCUAUUUUCACUGAAAAUAUAAUUUUGAAAAUGAAUUUUGGUUUUUACUUUUAAGAAUUAUGAGCACACAUUUUGGGGGGGAGCAAUAUGACAUAAACAACGGAAGUCGUCACGUGUACAAUCAUGGCGUCCUCCUAUGCAGAGAGAGGCAACGUGAUAACUCUCUAAAAUGAGAAACUUUUGUUUAACUGGGUCAACCUUUAUCCGUAUCGUAUCAUUUUUAACACAUUCACCUUUAAAAUACUAAUCUUCAUCCCUGGACUCUUACAUUCAAAGGUAAGGAUGAGCUGAAUUAAGCUGAGGAGAAGAUGUUAGCCGGCUUCGUGCUAACUAACUUCGCAGGGGAACAUCAGGCACCGACCACGUUGGUCACAGUCGCUGUUAUUGAAUAUGGAUCAGUUUUGUUCACGAGUUUAAAAUAAGUUAGAAUAUAGAUAUCGAUUAACUUUAUUGAGCUUUGAUCGCACAACUAAGUAAACAGCGACUGUAUCAUAAAAUGUGAACAUGAUCAUGGGUGGUAUCACUUUAAUUUAUGUUAUUGAACAUGAUGCCUUCUGUAUUCGUGUUUUCUUUUGAUCGAAACAAUGUUGGUCCUGAAAUAAUCUAUCUAAAGUGAUAUUAUUCAAUCUGUGACUUUCACUUUAUACUCAUGCCUUUCGUAAUCGCCUUAUUUUCAGAUAAAAUGGCUUCAUUCAAACCUACAAAAAUCCAAGUUUAUCCUAAACUCGGAGAGAAAGUCACCCAAGAUACACUGUACUGGAAAAACUACAAGGUAAGUUUUCUUUUCUACUCACUUUUAAGUGCUGAGAGCAAGAUUUGAUUAUAUGUUUUUUUCAAAAUUUCUCAUUUUUAACUGCAUCAUGUUUUUCAUCUCCUAGGCUCCAGUCCAGAUAAAAGAGUUUGGAGCGAUCACAAAUAUAGAUUUCUCCCCUGUUGCUCCACAUAACUUUGCAGUGACUGCAUUCACAAGAGUAUGUUGGCUUCUAUUUUAUGGAUUCAGCAAAAUUCACUAGUAUUAACCUGGUUCCUGUUCAUUAUCUGAAUAUUAAGGUAAAAAGUGUGCAAUAACGAUACUUUCUCUGUAGAUCCACAUUUAUGGACCAUACUCCCAGGAGCCUGUAAAGUCAUUUACCCGAUUUAAGGACACUGCUUACUGUGGGAGGUUCAGGUCAGAUGGUCAGCUGCUUGUGGCUGGAUGUGAAGACUCUGUGGUUCGACUGUUUGAUGUUAGUGGCAAGGUGGCACUGAGGAUGUUCAAGGGGCACACAAAGUAGGUAUUCCAUAUGGCAUUGUCUCACGUGGGUGUAGUAACACUAUUGUAGCAUGUAAGGUGUCAUUGAAAUAUCCUCCUUUUCCCAUUUGUGUUGAUAGGAAAUUUUUAUUUUUAUUUUUGUACUUGCAAAUGCAUACAAUGUCACAGCUAUCAAACAGUAGUAGACUGUACACUUGUAAACCUGAUCAAACAUAAAGGAGGCAUUUGACUCACCAGUUGAGUCUUGUAGGUUAAUUUUUGGAUAGAGAUUGUUGAAUGAUGAUUUCUUGAGUGAUCCAUCGACUGAAUUUCAUGAUGAUCUCAAGAACUCUGACAGCCACUUUGACCACUUUAAGUGCCGUUCACUUCAUAGCAUCUUUACCAAUCUCAACUCCAAUCUCAAUUUUGUCUCAUUUUGUGUCCUCUUAGGGCUGUUCAUGUGACAGACUUCACUUCAGACCGUUACCAGAUACUCACAGGCUCAGACGACUACACCUGUCGACUUUGGGAUAUUCCCAAUGCAACCGAGCUCAACACAUAUCAAGAGCACACAGAUUAUAUUCGCUGUGGUGUCACAAGCAAACUCAACAGAGACCUCUUUGUCACAGGUGAGAUGAAUCAAGCUAAGAAUUGUUGUUUUGGUUAUAUUCUGCUUUUGAGUCAAUAAAAAAGGGGUCAGUAAUAAGGAAGUCGAGUGUUUGUAGUGUUUCCUAAAAUCCACGUGUCUCUCCCAGGCUCUUAUGACCACACAGUGAGGCUGUUUGAUGCCAGAGUCGAUAAGGGCGUGAUGACCAUGGAGCAUGGUCAGCCAGUGGAGAGUCUGCUUCUUUAUCCCUCAGAGGGACUUCUCGUCUCUGCAGGUAGUUUGACAGAGCACCCACGAAAUAUGCUAACAUGUUGUUUAACCAAAUGCUGAUUUGUAAACAGUGAAUAAAGUCUUGGUUUGAAGGUCAGGUUCAUUAGCAUUCACAAGGUUGUUGUUUAUGGCAUAGUAUGCAGGAAAACCUAGAGUGGAUACUGCAAAAUAAAAAGAUGGCAUCUUUUCAAUCAACUGAAUCCUUCACAGAAAAAUCAACUCAUGACAUGAAGAACUAAAAUCUGUGUUCUUUCACUUUUUCUACCCUGCAAUUUUACACAAACACUGUAUUUACUGUUGGUUUAAGAUGUUACUAAACAUCUUUAACGCUCUUUUUAGGUGGUCGCUUUGUUAAAGUGUGGGAUCUGCUAAAAGGAGGCCAGCCUCUUGUGUCUCUGAGGAACCACCACAAAACCGUCACCUCUGUAUGUCUCAGCAGCAAUGGGCAGAGACUGCUGUCUGCUUCUCUGGACAGGUAAAAGAGCAGGGCAGCAGACAGGAAAACAGUGAAAAUGUAUAAGUCAUAGAUGCUGCGCUAGGCCUUAUGACGGGUGAACCUUGAUCGUGUAUACAACAUCUGAUUUUUUUUUUCUUCAGGCAUGUGAAGGUGUACAACACAACCACCUAUAAAGUGGUCCACAACUUUGACUAUGCUGCCUCCAUCCUCAGUGUGGGUUUGUCGGUAAGAAAUAGCUUUAUUAUCAAAUGAAAGAAGUAAAGGAAAGUAUACUAAGAUGACGUGACAAAUCAUGCCGGGAUCAAGACUAGUAUGACUAGGACUGUAGUCUCUAAGCAUGAGGAGCACACUUGGCCAGCAGUCCCUCAAUAUUGAUAUGUUUUAUGAAAACAUAAAGAUAUGCUCCAUUUUGAUAAAAUCAGUUGCAGUGUAACAGAGGUCCAGAAUCUUUGAAUGUUGAACUUUAUUUAUAUCUCUUUUUCCUCAGCCGGAUGAUGAGUCCAUCGUUGUGGGUAUGACUAACAGCAUCCUGAGCAUCAAACACAGGAAGAGCCCUGAGGAAUCCAAGGAAACAUCAGGCCAACAGAGGCGGCGACCAUCAUAUCGUGUUUUUGUGAAGGGCAAGAACUAUGUUCCCAAACAGGUGGGUUAACACAGGUCCUGUGCUGAGGCCAGCGGUCUGAUACAUGAUUUGAUUUGUGGGAUUAUUCCCUAAGAGAUAUGGUGCAGUGAGUGAAUUCUGUGUCUUUGUUUUCCAUCUUCUUCUAGGAUGAUUAUCUUGUCAGUAAGCCGGUGAAACAGCAUUUGGCCAAAUAUGACAAACAGCUCAAGAAAUUUAAUGUGUCGAAGGCUUUGGAUACAGCUCUGGAGGUAUGCUUUUUUUAUUUAUGUAAAACAUGAACAACAAGGCCUAAUGAGGUGAUAUUUUCAUUGGGUUUCUUUUGGUUUUUAUGACAGAGUAUUAGGGCCACAUUAAGAAAAAAAAUAAGUAGACUGUGAGAUUAAAGUCAUUAAUUUACAAGAAUAAAAUCAUUAUUAAUGAGAAUAAAAUCGUAAUAAAAUAAUUGCUUACGAGAAUAAAGUCGUAAUAAAAUCAUUAUGAUACUUAUGAUAAUGCGGUGCUGAUGUGCCAAAAGAUUAAGUAUUUCCUUGUUUGAGAAACCUGUAUUGUACAUUUAAGUACAUUUUCACGAAAUGCUCCAUGACUCUCAUUUCAACAACUGUCAUCUUAAACAACAGGCUAGAUUAUAAGGACUUUAUUCUGACUUUACUCUCGUAAGCGAUUACUUUACAACGACUUUGUUCUCAUACGUAAUUACUUUAUUAAGACUUAAUUCUCAUAAGUAAUGAUUUAAUUACAACUUCAUUCUUGUAAUGAAAGAUUUUACCACGAUUUUAUUCUCGUAAAUUUAUGACUUUAAUCUCAAAGUCUUAAAUUUUUCUUUUUCUUAAUGUGGCCCUAAUAGUCCGUUGUAGGUUUUUAACUUGGUUUAAGUUUUAAAAAUUGGAAAUCAAACAACAUCCUUCAUACCUAAAGAAAAAAAUGGUGGUAGUAUGAUAUAUUUUAAUGAAGAUAAAAACAUUUUCAUAGACAUGGACAAGACUGAGGAAGCCAGAAGUUACAGUGGCUGUGAUCAAGGAGCUAGAUCGAAGGGGGACGCUGAAGAACGCUCUGGCAGGGAGAGAUGAACAGGAACUCUCUCGGCUGCUACACUUCCUUAUUGGGUAAGAUGCAAAUAAAACCUCUUUGCUUAAACAGAGUCAAAUAAAUGAUCAAAUGUCCUGUAUUUGACAGUCAGAAAGUUUGAGUAAUAAAUACGCUUGUUGUGUCUUGUCCAGGAAUUUGGUUGACCCUAGGUUUGCCCCUGUCCUCGCAACAGCAGCAGAGAUGAUACUGGAUAUCUAUCAGUCAGUAAUCGGACAGUCACCAGUCGUGGACCGACAGCUGCUUCGUCUGCAGGAGCUGCUGGAGAAAGAGAUCGACUACCAGCAGGAACUCCUGGAGGUGUUGGGCAUGUUGGACACGAUGUUCGCCUCCUCCCUCCCUCGGAAAGAGGUGCCUUGUUCUGGCAUCAGCAGGUCCAAUGGCCUCAUUCAGGGAGAAGCAAGCACCUCGAGACCACAACUGCAGACUACCUGAGGCCUGUUGAGAGCUUAAAAACUGAUUCAGACCGGGUUAGAGUGCCUUUAGGACUUUGAAGUCUCCAUUGUUGAGACGGCAGACACAAAUAUUGUGACACGACAGGUGGCAUGUCCUGAACAGGAACGUUUUUGGAACCGGUUUCGAGAGACUGACAAACCCAUGGUCUCACUAUGAAGAGUACAAGUUUUUAUUCCAUGAAAUGUGUGUGUGUGUGUGUGUGUGUGUGUGUGUGUGUGUGUGUGUGUGUGUGUGUGUGUGUGUGUGUGUGUGUGUGUGAGUGAGAAACUGGAAGUAAGUACUCUCCUAAAUAUGUCAUAGGCGUGUGCUCUUGUCUGUUCUCUGUGAAUGUCUGCCUUCUGUUUUCAUAAUAUUUGGCAUUGACAAAUGCUUUAAUAAGCAGAUGAAAAUAAAUCUUUGUAAUAUUGAAAA